AUGCAACUGGGUCUCUCUGAGAAUCUCUCUUCUCUAGUCUCCAGACGCUUCACUGCCGCCAAAGAAGCGGGCCAUCUCAUCUUCUCGUCGACUCAACUAGCCAUUAUCCAGGCGUCGGGGAUACCGUACCAACUCCGCUACUGUCCCUCCCUCGCAAAGAAACCUAUCCCCGCAUCGUCAUCGACAUCGACAGAACCAGGAACAGCGGCAGAGAUAUCCGAUAUAGACGGAAAAGACCAAGAGCAAGAGCAAGAAAAACAAAAGCCAUCCAAACCGGAUCCAUUCACGAACCCAUCCGAGGAGCUCCUGAUUGCUCAGAUCCCCGCGUCAAACCCCACGCAUACACUCGUUCUGAACAAGUACCCCGUGAUCAGGAACCAUUUCAUACUCGCCACGAAGGAAUGGCGGUCGCAGGAUCAUCUUCUGGAGAAGGAGGAUUUGAGCGCGGCAUAUGCCUGUUUGAAGGCGUGGGAGGAUGGGAAUGAUCAGUCACAGUCGCAGUCACGACCGAAGAAACGGCUCUUCUCGUUCUACAACUCCGGGAAGGAAAGUGGUGCGAGUCAGCCCCAUCGGCAUUUGCAGUUUUUGCCGGUUGAGGAUAUGAGGGUUGGUGGAGAUGUUUCAGGGUUUUGGGAGCCUCUUAUUGAUGGUGUGCCGUGUUCGUCUUCGUCGACAAUGACAACGACGUCUACACCUUCAAAGACGGAUUUCAAAUACAUCCCUCAUAUACCAUUUGCACAUUUCGCGCUGCCACUCCCUCCUAACCCGUCCGCGGAGACGUUACAUUCCAUCUACUUAUCUCUAUAUAAAGCGGCGGUGGCGGUUACCAAGAGCGUCUCGUCGUCUACCGAUCAGGAGGAAAAUUAUGAUACCACGACUAUCGCGACGGAGGGUCCCAUUGCGAUCGGAUACAAUCUCGCCAUGACUGUGUCGACAAUGCUGAUCUGUCCGCGGAAGAGUGAUCGCGCUGUUAUCCCCGUUGCUCGUGAGGUCGAGGGACAGGGUGCGGAGACAGGUGUUGUCAGUGUUAAUGGGACAGUUCUUGCGGGUACGCUUAUGGUUAAGGCUGAGUCGGAGUGGGACUUGUUGAGGGAAGACCCCCAGGUUCUGACGGAUGUUUUGGUGACGGUUGGGUAUCCGCGGCAGUGGUCAUCGUUGUAA